AUGUGGGCAUACGGACUGCUACUGAGGCGGGGGAAACCGACGCCCCCGGCGGGGGAAACCGACGCCCCCGGCGGGGGAAACCGACGCCCCCGGCGGGGGAAACCGACGCCCCCGGCGGGGGAAACCGACGCCCCCGGCGGGGGAAACCGACGCCCCCGGCGGGGGAAACCGACGCCCCCGGCGGGGGAAACCGACGCCCCCGGCGGGGGAAACCGACGCCCCCGGCGGGGGAAACCGACGCCCCCGGCGGGGGAAACCGACGCCCCCGGCGGGGGAAACCGACGCCCCCGGCGGGGGAAACCGACGCCCCCGGCGGGGGAAACCGACGCCCCCGGCGGGGGAAACCGACGCCCCCGGCGGGGGAAACCGACGCCCCCGGCGGGGGAAACCGACGCCCCCGGCGGGGGAAACCGACGCCCCCGGUGUGUGCCUCAUGGUUGA